UCUGUAAAUAUAUUUAGUCAGUGGUCAGUCUGGUCUGUAAUUGAUCAGUCUGAUAAUAUACUUUAGUUGCUGGAAAGGUUUGAUCUUAAUAUUUGCAUUAUGGUUCGUGUUAAAAACAGAUACAUUCUUGUGCAGUUUUUGUGCAACAAUCGCUCAGAGACGGAUGCUUUUGCACUUACUUCCAGUCAUUUGAAUAACUUUUUGAAACAGAAAAUUGAAAAGUACUAUGGUGAAUUUGGUAUUGCGAGCAUGCUGCGACUGCAUGUAAUAUAUUUCAACGCAAAAACACGCCUUUGCGUUAUACAGGCUCGGCAUGGACCGCAUCGUUUCGUUACCAGCAUUUUACCUUUGUUAACGGUGGCUGACACAGAAGCGGUACGUUAUCGUACAUUAUAUGUGGGAGCUACACUUCAGCAGUGUCAAAAAUUCAUUGCUCGCUAUCAACAGGAAUAUGUUAAUAGAAUGAUUGGUCAUUGCAAAGGCAUAUCCCAAAAGGAACUGUUCAUACAGGAAGUCACAGAAAUGAAACGAAUAUAGUUAGUUAUUUAGUAGUUUAAGGC